AUGGAGAACUUAUGGAGAAAAUUAUUUCGUUUAAAAAGUAACACAUCGGAUUGCUUGGAUACUCGUCUUCGGCGAUGUUUAUCAAUCGUGGAUAUCACUUUAUUAGGCGUUGGCCAUAUGAUUGGAGCUGGUAUUUAUGUCCUUACUGGAUCGGUUGUCCAUAACAAUGCUGGGCCAUCAAUUGUUAUAUCGUUUGCACUUGCGGGAAUAGCUUCAUUACUUUCAGCAUUAUGCUAUGCAGAAUUUGGUGCAAGAUACCCAAAAGCUGGGAGUGCUUAUACGUAUGCAUAUAUCGGAGUUGGUGAACUGUGGGCUUUUAUCAUAGGCUGGAAUAUUAUCCUCGAACAUAUGUUGGGAGCUGCUGCGGUUGCUCGUUCAUGGUCUGGUUAUUUCAAUUCGCUUUUCGCUAGCUCCUCAGCGAAUUUUUCGAUUAUCAAUAUUGGGCACUUCGACGAAUCCUUAUUUGCGGAUUAUCCUGAUCUAAUUGCAUUUGUCGCAGUUGUUGCUGUUGCUAUCUUCACCGGAUUCGGCUCGAAAGCAUCGACUAAUUUCAAUUCAGUUUUUACCAUUAUAAAUAUGAUGGUAAUUGUGUUCAUCGUUAGUUAUGGAUUCACAUUCGCAGACACUUCAUUAUGGUCCGGUUUAGAUGAAGAAACUGGUACAUCUAAAUUUAUGCCAUUUGGUGUAAAUGGAAUGCUUGCUGGUGCAGCAAGUUGCUUUUUCGCUUAUAUUGGUUUUGAUGGACUUGCAACCGCUGGCGAAGAAGCUUCUGAUCCAUCACGUACAAUUCCUUUAGCGACAUUUAUUUCGAUGUCAAUAGUAACCACAGCAUAUAUUUGCAUGUCAGCAGCAUUAACAUUAAUGAUUCCUUAUUGGCAGGUGAAUCCAAAAGCGGCGUUUUCUGAUGCAUUUGCUGUGAAAGGGGCCGAAUGGGCAAAAUAUGUCGUCUCGAUCGGUGCACUCUCCGGAAUGACCACCAGCCUUCUUGGUUCAAUGUUCGCUUUGCCUCGUUGCGUCUACGCUAUGGCAGAGGAUGGCCUUUUGUUUAAAACAUUCGCACAAAUCAACGAAAAAACACAGGCCAGUAUAUCGUCUCGUCUUCUUUUAGAAAAUUUGCAUGGAACACUUAAAUUAAACCAAUUGGCUGUAACAGAAUUUGCAGUAACCGACUUAUAUACUAUAAGGGUACCACAAAAUGCUGUAAUUGUCUUCGGAGCUCUUACUUCGAUUAUAGCGCUAUUAUUCGAGAUUGAAACACUCGUUCAGUUUCUCUCAAUUGGUACUCUUCUGGCCUACACUAUAGUUUCCGCAUGUGUCAUUGUUCUUAGAUAUAGACCCAUCAUUCUUGAUGGCAAUAUUUCCCAAGCCAGUGGAGGUCGUAUUAAAACAUGGUUACCUUGCCAACACUGGUUAAAUAUUCCACGUCCUGGUUCUACAGUUACGUGGUCAGUUUUCGUUAUGAUUAUUGGAGAUUUCGGUAUUAGUGCGGCUUUCGCUACUGGAUUAGCACAUUCGACAUUCGGCAAAUUUUUAAUCGCUUUUUCAGUUAUAAAUGUAAUAUUCUCGUUUUUGCUAAUUUGCUUACACGAUCAAAAUCAAGCAAAACUAUCAUUUAAGGUGCCUCUUGUACCAUUGAUACCAGCCCUAAGUAUGUUGGUUAACAUCAUGUUAAUGCUACAUUUAGCUCCGAUCACAUGGCUUAGACUUAUUCUCUGGCUUGCACUCGGCUUAACUAUAUAUGGAACCUAUGGAAUAAAAUAUAGUUGUGAAGCACAGCUCGAAACCGAAGGAUUACCAAAGAGCACAACGUAUGAAAGUGUUGUUACUGAUGGUGGCUAA